CGAGAGCUAUCUGAGGUGCCGAGCCGUGCUGCCCAGGCGGCACCAUGGUUUUCGCUCCAGGUGAGAAGCCGGGGCUGGAGCAAGAUGAAGUUAAGCUGCAGAUUGCCAGCAAGCAGAUUGUGCAGACUGCCAUCCUCCGAGCAGUGCAACAAGUUUCCCAGGAGAGCCAGCAAAAGGAGAAGCGAACAAACACUGGUACAAGCCUCCAACUAGAAAGAGGAAAACUAACUAAGAAGCAUGAAAAGAAGUAA